AUGUCUAGUCAGCGUCUUGUCCUAGGCCUCCCACGUGUCUUGCCGUCGCUGCCGCCUUCGCUUGCGCCGCCGUGUCGUCCCUGCGUCGAGGGUAGGCUGCGCGCCACCCCUCACUCCUCCUCCCUUCGUCCGGCCACCGAGCCUUUUGAGACGCUUCACUUGGACGUCUGGGGCCCCGCCCCUCGUCUAGGCCCUGAGCGUGAGCGUUACUUUCUGGUGGUCGUUGACGACGUCUCCUGCUACACCACAGUGUUCCCUCUGGCGAAGAAGUCUGAGGUGACUUCUACGCUGAUCAGGUGGUUGCUCACCACCGAGGACACUCGUGGUCGUCGUGUCAGCUGUCUCCACUCCGACCGUGGGGAUGAGUUUCGCUCCGGCAUUCUCGCUGGAUUCUGUCGCGAGCAGGGCAUUUGUCAGUCCUGGACGCUUCCAGAGUCCCCACAGCAGAAUGGGGUUGCUGAGCGCCGCAUAGGCCUGGUCAUGGAGAUCGCCCGCACCUCCCUGACUCACGCCUGUGCCCCCCAUUUUCUGUGGCCCUACGCGGUCAGGUACGCCGCGCACCAGCUGAACCUCUGGCCACGUGUCUCUCGACCAGAGGUUUCACCGACCAGUCUUUGGACAGGGUCCCCUGGUGUUGCGUCGCGGUUUCGUGUCUGGGGGUGCUUGGCUCUUGUCCGCGACACCUCCGCGGACAAGCUCUCGCCUCGUGCCGUCCCCUGUGUCUUCCUUGGUUUCCCUGAGGACUCCUCUGACUUCACCUUUUACCACCCUCCCUCUCACCGGUUCUUUGACUCCCGUGACGUCCGUUUCGAGGAGUCCACUCCGUACUACGUCAGGUACCCCAGUCGAGGUCUCCCGGUUCCUCCUCCCCCCCUCUUCCUGACUGCCGCUCCCCCUCCUGCUCCCCCGGUACAGCCUCCCCCCCCUGGCCCAGCCCCGUCAGGUGUGUCCCAGGCUACCCCUCCUCCUUCGGUAGCCCCUCCGGUACAGCCUCCCUCCCCACAGUCCUCCUCGCAGCGUGCCGCUGGUGCUAGCUCUCGAGAGGUUGGUGCUGCGCCUGUUCCUGUACCGGUUUCUGGUUCUGGGGGUGCUGGUGUUGGAGCUGGUGUUGGAGCUGUAGGUGGAGCUGGUGUUGGAGCAGGAGGUGGAGCUGAAGGAGGCACUGGAGUUUCUGGUUCUGGGGGUGCUGGAGUUGGAGCUGGAGUUUCUGGUUCUGGAGUUGGAGCUGACCCGGUGGGUGCAGAGGACUCUUGUCGUCCGGGAGCUGGUGCUGGUCGCGCGGACACUGGGGGUGAGAGUGCACCUCCUUCGGGUUCUGGUGAGCCUGGGUCUGGAGCUGGUGUUAGUGCUGCCUCUGGGGGUGGUGCGCCUGGUUCUUCGGGGGUGGACUCUGGAGCUACCGCUGCUUCGGACACUACUCCGCCCCCCCACCCCUACCCGACUAGGCACCAGGCUCGUGUUCGCCGUGCCCGUGACGAGCAGCUGGCGUUGGAGAGAGAGGAGAGGGAGUUACAGCGGCUGGAGGAGCAGCAGCAGCAGCUGGAGCCGCAGGAGCAGCAGCAGCAGCAGCAGCAGCUGGACCCGCAGGAGCAGCAGUCCCAGCAGCAGCCGCGUCCGCAGCAGCAGCAGCAGUCGCAGCAGCAGCAGCAGCAGCCACUUCCUCCUCCUGUCUCGGUCAGUGCUUCCGUCUCCUCCUGA